AUGGAUUUCGGGUCCUUGGAGACAGUGGUGGCCAAUUCUGUCUUCAUCGCCGCCCGGGGCAGUAUCGACGGGAGCAACGCCCAGCCGUCCCGGGACAAGAAGUACCUCUCCAAGCUCAAGUUACCCCCGCUCACCAAAUGCGAGGCCCUCCGCGAGAGUCUCGACCUGGAGUUUGAGAGUCUGUGUUCAGAGCAGCCCAUCGGCAAGCGGCUCUUCCAGCAGUUUCUGAAGACGGAGGCGAGGCACGUGCCGGCCCUGGAGCUCUGGAAGGGCAUCGAGGACUACAACACGGCGGACCCCGAUUUCCAGUUGCAGAAGGCCCAGGCCAUCCUGGCUGAGUACUUGGAGCCCCAGGCCAAGCUCUUCUGUAGCUUCCUGGAUGAGGGGACGGUGGCCAAGGUGAAGGACGUGCACGCGGCCCUCGAGGACGGACUCUUCCAGCCGCUCCUGCAGGCCACCUUGGGGUACCUGAGCCAGGCCCCCUUCCGGGAGUACCUGGAGAGCCUCUACUUCCUGAGGUUCCUCCAGUGGAAGUGGUUGGAGGCCCAGCCCAUGGGGGAGGACUGGUUUCUGGACUUCAGGAUCCUGGGGAAAGGGGGCUUUGGGGAGGUGUCGGCCUGCCAGAUGAAGGCCACUGGCAAGUUGUACGCCUGUAAAAAGCUGAAUAAGAAGAGGCUGAAGAAAAGGAAAGGGUACCAAGGUGCUAUCGUAGAGAAGAAGAUUCUAGCGAAAGUUCAUAGCAGGUUUAUAGUCUCUCUGGCCUAUGCGUUUGAAACCAAAACCGACCUCUGUCUGGUGAUGACCAUCAUGAAUGGAGGUGACCUAAGGUAUCACAUCUACAACGUGGACGAGGAGAACCCGGGCUUCCGGGAGCCGCGCGCCGUCUUCUACGCGGCGCAGAUGGUCUGCGGGCUGGAGCACCUGCACCAGCGGCGCAUCGUCUACCGCGACCUCAAGCCUGAGAACGUCCUCUUGGACGAUGAAGGCAAUAUCCGAAUCUCUGACCUUGGCCUGGCCGUGGAACUGAAGGACGGGCAGACCAAGACCAAGGGCUACGCAGGGACUCCGGGUUUCAUGGCCCCCGAGCUCCUGCGCAGCGAGGAGUAUGGCUUUUCGGUGGACUACUUUGCCUUGGGGGUCACGGUGUAUGAGAUGAUUGCAGCCAGAGGACCCUUCCGGGCCCGAGGAGAAAAGGACAGCAAAGAGCCUACCAAGAUGGUAUUCCUGGCCUCAAGGAGCCAGCACCUUCUACGAAUGCUGAUACCUCCUUUCAUCCCAGACUCCAGGACUGUCUACGCAAAGAAUAUUCAGGAUGUAGGUGCCUUUUCCACCGUCAAAGGCGUGGCCUUUGACAAAACAGACACAGAAUUCUUUCGGGAAUUUGCCACUGGCAACUGCCCCAUCCCCUGGCAGGAGGAGAUGAUUGAAACGGGCAUUUUUGGGGAGCUGAAUGUGUGGCGUUCUGAUGGGACCAUGCCAGCCGACAUGAAGGGACUCGCUGUGGAGGAGGCUCCCUCGUCCAAGUCAGGCCUGUGCCUCGUUUCCUAG